CGUUGACCGUUGGCUGCAAAGCAAAAGUAAAAGUGAAAAUCCAAAGCCCUUGAAAUUUGUGAAAUAUUUAAUAAAUUAUGCAUGUGUAGUGAAAUAUAAAAAGUGUGCGCGGGUAUUUUGUUUGUUUUGAUUAACAAUUGGAAUCGUGCUGUGUAUGUGUUUGACUGCGUGCGUGUAUUUGUGAAGUGUGCGAGGACUUUCAUUUUACGCAGACAUUUCUGCUGUGCUGUAAUCUAUAAUUGCGAUAUACAACAUAACAGGCACAUACACACACACUCACACACACAAACACAGAUACAUAUACGUUUACUAUUAGAAAAAAAGCAAACGUCCAAGACGCCCCCGCUUUGCCCUUGAGUUAGCGUAGUGAAACGCAUUCGAUUUUUCACAACAAGACGUGAAAAGCGAACUUAAAAAUAAAAAAGAAAAGCACUUAAAGUUCAAAUAUAAAACGAAACCAAAUUAAUUAAAAUAAAUAUAACAAAAUGGAUGUGCUCAAUCAAAUACUUAAUAUCAAUGCUGGUGGCGCCUAUGGCGGAGGCAAGGCGGGUGGCGCCUUUGAUCCAGUCACAUUCGCCAUGAAACCCCAAGUUGUUAUACGCGCACUCUGCUGGCUCUUUUCUGUUGUCGUCUUUGGCUGCAUAUCCAGCGAGGGCUGGGUGGAGAAGGAGGGCAAAGAGAUGUGUCUAUAUAAUGAUGAUGCCAUGGCUUGCAAAUAUGGCAACAUGGUGGGCGUAUUUGGUUUUCUCGCCUCCAUGGGCUUCAUCGGUGGUGAGUUUCUAUUCGAACGUAUGUCAUCGGUGAAGAGCAGAAAGCGUUACGUCAUGGCCGAUAUGGGCUUCUCAGCUUUCUGGACCUUUAUGUACUUUGUGGCUUUCUUGUACUUGUGGUCGCAGUGGAGCUCAGCACCCAUGCCGCCCCUUGGGAUUGGAGCUGGCAGCAUGAAGACUGCCAUUGUGUUUUGCUUCUUCUCCAUAUUCAGCUGGGCUUUGUGCGCCUUUAUGGCCUAUAAACGCUUUUUGAUUGGCGCUGGUGAUGAGUUCACCUCGGCCUUCGAAACGGAUCCGGCCAACGUAGUGCAUCAGCAGGCCUAUAGCUACUCCAUGGAUAACGAUAAUGAGCAGUAUAGCGCCUCACCCUUUGGACAGCCACAGCAGGGCAUGGAACAGCAAUCAGGAGGCAUGGAGUACCAGCAACCCACCUAUUAAGCGUUUCCUAAGCUUUAGCUCCGCCUACCAUACACCUUCUUGAAUUGUUAGUGCAAAUGGCAAACUACAAAAUUACAAAUACUACUACACACCAGUUGGCUUAACUAAAUACACCGAGAACAAGCAUAUAUGUAUACAAUAUAAACAAUAACCCCACAACAACAACAAUAAGCAGCAGUUGAAAAUUUGAACGUAUUGUGUGAAUUAAUAAAAUCCUAAACUUAUACAGCAUAAUAUGAAAUUAAUGAUAAUAACUUCUAAGCUAGACUCCUAAGUUAUGUGUGCAGUUUUUGUAGUCGAAAAAUUUGUUGCAAUUUAUAUAUAUACACACACACACACAUACAAAACACACACAUAUAUAUAUUAUAUAUGACAUAUGGUAUGCUUUAAACGUUGUUAGUUAUUUAGAUUAAAAUAUUAAUUCUCUUGUGCAAGGCCCUGGCCAACUGCGCUCAGCUCUGGAUUUGGCUUGUUUACCAAUGACAAUAGCUUCACAGCAAAUUUAUAAAGAAUAACAAUGUUUUUUAGAUAAAUUUAUACACAUACACACACACACACUCACAGCCACGGUGCCAACAGCGAAAUAAACACACCACUAGUUAACUAGCAGGCAAUUUGUUAACAACUAGAGCCCAAAGUAUAUAAUUGAAAACAACAAAAACUGCUCAAGAACAUAUCCAUUAUACACUUGCGAGACAUAGUACUCCACAGCUUGUUACUGAACCCAGCAUUUGUUAAAAGUAGUGAGCAAAAAAGUUGUAGAGCUCCUGGCCAGGGUUGCUUACUCUAAAUAUAAUGUAGACUAUUUGAAUGGAAAAACCAAAAAUUAAUAUAAUAUGAAAACCAAUAAAAACUCAACGCCAAACUGUAAAUUCUAAUGAAAAAUGUUAAAAAAUAAUAUAAAUUUGAAUAUGAUACACUUUGCAGUAAUAAAGAUAAAAUACUUGCAUUGCAAUACAAUCGAUUCAUGUGAAACUAUUUUCAAAAACAUUUCACUCUUUAAUUUCAAUUCGAAGUGAUGUGCAAGUAUUUUAAUGAAAACACUUUUCAAUAAAAUUUCAAUAAAAAA